AUGUCUGAAAAUAAGAAGGCCGUGAUCAAAAACGCUGAUAUGGAAGAAAACAUGCAACGGGAUGCAGUAGACAUUGCAGCUCAAGCAUUGGAUAAAUUCAAUAUUGAAAAGGACAUUGCAGCUCAUAUCAAGAAGGAAUUUGAUAAGAAAUACAACCCAACAUGGCAUUGCGUUGUGGGCAGAAAUUUUGGAAGUUACGUUACUCAUGAAACCAAACACUUUAUCUACUUCUACCUCGGACAAGUUGCUGUCUUGUUAUUCAAAUCAGGAUAA